AUGGCCAAGGAAACUGAUAACCGAGACGAUUUGAGGAAUCAAAUCAUACACGUUUUCGUCGCUGGACACGAUUCUAGCGCCAUCACUAUCGGCCAUGCUCUGUUCCACCUCUGUCGUCACCCCGAUAAAUGGGAAAAGCCCCACCGAGAAGUCGAACAGUCUGGUGGGAAUUUCACAUUCGAGUCUUUGAAGAAUUUAUACUAUCUUCAAUAUGUCGUCAAAGAAAGUAAGUCGUCCUCCACACAUACUCAGCGAAAUACUUAACUAAUAACCCAGCCCUCCGUCUCCACCCCGUCGCACCCCUCGAUUCCCGUCGAGCAAAGCAGGACACCAUGCUCCCCACAGGCGGCGGUCCCAACGGCGAUUCUCCAAUUUUCAUCCCAAAGGACUCAACGGUCACCACCUCUUUCCACGCACUCCACCAUCUCGCACCUUGUUUCCAGCCCUAUCCAGAGGCUUUUCGACCAGAGAGGUGGGAGACUGUGAGGCCUGGGUGGGAGUAUCUUCCUUUUGGGGGUGGACCGAGGAUUUGUCCCGGACGUCAAUUGGCUUUGACGGAAGUCGCUUAUGUUUUAGCGAGGAUGACGCAGGAGUUUAGGACGGUUGAAUGUCGGGAUCCGGUUGAGGAGUGGGUUGAGGAGUUUAAGAUUACGGCUAGUAGUCAGAAUGGGACGAAGGUUGGGUUGUAUAGGGAGUAG